GAGUGACUGCAUACACUGUAUGAGACAAGCCAAUCCUUUGGAAUCUUACUUAUAUACUCACCCAACCUCAGUGUUCAGUUCAGUGCCAUUAUAAAACCUCUUUCCGGGUGUCUACUGCUUUUAAAUGAAUGGAGACUAUCUGAAACUAUAACCAUGGAUGUAGCUCAGUUGAAGAGGCAGUUAUUUGAGUACACCACUCUACUAUUUCAUGAGGGAUUUCUGGAUGAGCAGUUCACUCAGCUUCAGCAGCUGCAAGAUGAGAACAACCCAGACUUUGUUGUGGAGGUGGUGUCACUGUUCUUUGAUGACUCUGAGAGGCUUCUCAAUGAGCUGGCCACAGCACUUGAUCAGCAGAAUAUUGAUUUCAAUAAGGUGGAUGCUCACGUGCAUCAGCUGAAAGGCAGCAGCUCCAGGAAUGAUGGCUCUUUCAAUUUCCAAAUCCUGAGCGAGAUGAAAUUGUUCUUUGGAAUUACAGCAUUGGCGCGCAGAGAGUUCAAAGAGUCUGCAUCGCCUUCCGCAACUCCUGCCAGGACAAGAAUGUCGAAGGGUGCCUCAAAUGUCUGCAAGAAGUAAAGCAUGAGUAUUCCCUGAUUAAGAAUAAGCUUGAGAUUCUGUUCAAUCUGGAGAAGCAGAUUUUGGCAGCUGGUGGGUCACCUCCUGUGUGAUGAAGUGGGAAUGGAGUUAGGAAAUUUUUACAAGAAUGAAGAAAUGUGACUAUGAGUCCAUUAUUUUUGCUUUUAUUUGAGGAGAGAUGGUCCUCCUUCAUUUGUUUUUCCUCUUAACCCGUUUUCGGCAAGAACUUGGGUGGUGGCAUCAGCUUUUGAUCUUCUCUUGUAGCAAAAUGCAAAUCCAUGAGUAAUCAAAAGAGAACAAUGUGAAUAAACUCUUCAUUGCUCUUAUAAAAAAGCUCGCGUUUCGGUUGCACAAGGCAACAUUGUGCGUGUUACCCAAUCACCAAAAGCCCACAUAAAGUGAAGUUUGUAUGUUUACAAAGAGGAAGGGGAAGAGGAGCUGAUCUCUAGAAGAUGAUUACAUGGCUUCUAGGACAGCAAUCUGAUGUUUUAACCUCCUUUUAGACAAUGACCAUGAUUAUCCUCUCUCUCUCUCUCAGAUGUUAAUAUUAAGAAUCUGAGUCUUUCUUCCAGUUUUAUCAGACUCUCUUACCAGAUUUUGCAUUGCAAGGAGAUGCAUUAUUCUUCUAUUGACCCAACAAAAAAAAAUGUGAAACGACCGGCCAGUAUAGUUGGCCAGCCAAAACC